GGUGGCAGCGGCCCUCGGGGAAGACAGAUGGGGUGAGGGACGGCGCUCGGUCCGGCUGUCAGCGCGGCCCCAGCCCCGCCGCGGAGGGAGCCCCUCCUCCCCGCCGUGUGCGCCGCKCUCCCGGCCGGGGAACCAUGGCGUCCAGCGAGGAGGACGGAGGCGGCAACGGCGCGGUGGAGGAGAAGGAGAAUGGCAAGAAGAAGAAGAAGCUGGGCGCCCUGGCCACGACCUGGCUCAUCUUCUACAACGUCGCCAUGACCGCGGGGUGGCUGGUAUUAGGUAUUGCCAUGGUGCGGUUUUAUAUACAGAAAGGAACACAUAGAGGCUUAUUCAGAAGCGUUCAAAAGACGCUUAAAUUUUUCCAGACAUUUGCUUUGCUUGAGGUAGUCCACUGUGCAGUUGGAAUAGUUCGCACAUCUGUGCUUGUGACUGGGGUCCAAGUGAGUUCAAGAAUCUUCAUGGUGUGGUUCAUUGCACAUAGUAUAAAACAGAUCCAGAAUGAGGAGAGCGUUAUUCUUUUUCUGGUCGUAUGGACUGUGACAGAGAUUACUCGAUAUUCCUUCUACACAUUCAACCUGCUCAACCAUUUGCCAUACUUCAUUAAAUGGGCCAGAUACAACUUUUUUAUCAUUUUGUAUCCUGCUGGAGUUGCAGGUGAACUGCUAACCAUAUAUGCUGCUCUACCCUAUGUGAAGAAAACAGGAAUGUUUUCACUGAGACUUCCCAACAAAUAUAAUGUCUCCUUUGACUACUAUUACUUCCUUAUUAUUGUCAUGCUCUCCUAUGUGCCAUUAUUUCCACAACUCUACUUCCACAUGCUGCGGCAGAGAAGAAGGGUUCUUCAUGGAGAAGUGAUUGUGGAAAAGGACGAUUGAAUCAAGCUGUGUAACCAUGGUGCUUUUAGUGGAAAGGAGAAGAAAAGAGGGUAAAAACCCAAAACUUCCUCUGAUUUUUCUGAGUCCAAGUUUUAAAACAUGGAACAAGAAUAAACAACUGUGCCUAAAAUACCAUGGACUGUAUUAUUUUUGCAAUUAAUAUAUUUUCAGACCUACCCUUUCCUCCUCAGAUUCACUUUGAUUUUUAACUGUUCAUUUCUUCAAAGAAAUUAUUUUCUUAUUUUCAAUAGGUUGACAAACAGCUUUAAGAAUUGRGAURGUUGGYUACUCUGCCUUCUGUUCUGAAAGUUCUGUUAUGAUCUGUAGUCAUUGUCAAGAACAGGAGAGUUCAUAAGAUGUACUGAAAGUGAGUCUUCUGGAAAACAGAGUGUAAAUUAGGUAAUGAUGUAUUUCAUAGACUAGGUGUAUUGAAUGUUGUUUAAGAUUUAUAUUAAGUAAUACCUUUCCAGUUAUAAGUACUGUAGCAUGUUGUUCAGCAUUUUUUGAAUUACAGUAUCACACUGCAGAAUUCCAGAAGGACUUUUGAAAGGAGCUGAAUUCUUGAUUGUGAGUGCAAAUUUAGACCUCCCUGUAUUUUUAUUUGUAUUUUUAAAGAUAAACAGUGUAAUAGCUGUCAUAUUAACUGGUUAAGUUUGUGCUGAGAAGURGACAUGAUGUGCCUAUCUUUCUCUAAUCAGUGGCUGGAACUGGGACUCCUUUGCAGAGCAAAGCUGAUUGUCAGCAUGUUGCCUAUUCUACAUUUAAAUUAUGUAUGCAGUAAAAUCAGAACUGCAUUGAAAAACUGUAGCUAUGGUGAGAUAUUUGGCUUCUUAUAAAUAGCUCAGUGGAUAGAAUAUAUUUGAAAUAGCAUCUUAAAAUAUAAAUUGUGCUUUGAAUCRUCCCAUUGGGCAAUUUUAAUUGCUCCCUCCCCAUUAAUUGUUUAUUCUGUGUUGACCUAAUUCUAUUUCAUGUCUUCAAUAAUCUGCAAUAAGGAUCUACAGUAUAUUAAUAAAAGUUACAGAUAGUAUUACACURUAUGGUACCUGAGUKGGAGAAGUCCAACAAAUUAGACACRGCCCAARAGAUUCAGAGAAAAGGUGAUGCAUUUGAGGACACUUGGAUACUUAGUGAGAGAGAGAAGGUGGAAAUGUAGUAAUGUGGUAUGAAGCCUUGAAAAUGUAGGCAACAAACCUGUCUUGCUUCUGGCUUCACUAAUGUCAAAAGAAGAGUAGAUAUGUGGAAGAGCUGCAUCAGGCAGCUGGAAAUCAGAAUACUUGUGAUUUCUGAGGUAAUUUCUGAAGUACAGUCUUAUAUUUUGGCUACCUCAGGGAUAAAGAAUUGGAUAAUCUUCUGAAAACUCAGAGAACAAUAACAAAAUCACCUGAAGUGAGAAAGAAGUCGGAAAGAUUGAGUUGUUAAUAGGUAUAAUUCUUUGUUACAUGACAAAUACAUGGAAGAGGUUUUCUAAGUAUGAAGGUGUAGCUGGAACUGGUUAUAUGAAUUUGAAACAAGGUAAAUAGCCAAUAAAUAUCAGGAGAAAGGUUCUACCAAUAGGAUCCAUUAGGUUCUGGAGUGACACAGUARUGCUUAUUGAUGCAUACAGUGUCUUGGAAGGUUUUCAGUUUGAGUUGUCAAGAGUUCUCAGAGUUGGAAAGAGUUUGAACUAUAUACUUGAACAGGCAGUUUCUAUUCUUAGCUUCAAUGAUUCUAUGAUAAUACAGCUUUUUUUUUUAAAUUUAUAGAUACACCAGAAAAAAUGGUAUCCAGUCAUUUGAUAGAAAAGCAAGGAUUUGCCAUAUCACUAACUUUCAAAUUCCAUUUUUUGCCUUAAAUUUGUGAUAUUUCUGCGUGUCUUCAUCACAUGUAAAUGAGUUUCCUUUUAUAUGAUAGGUGCAUAUGGACUCGAGACAGAACAGUUGUAUUUCUUUAAAUUUUAAAUUGUGUAAUCUUCGUAUUCCUUAAAUUUCACACAAGGUGCUCUAACUUAACUUACUACUUCUGUUUUAUAUGCAGCUAAAAUGAUUAAAAGUUUCAAAUGUAAACUACAUUUACGUCUCUGAAUCACAAAAUAGUUGUUUUACAUGUGUUCAGACUAGCAGCYGUGUSUGUCCAACAUUCUUUGAGUACUGUYUUAUAAACUGCACUUGCUUUUUGAUCCAUGACGAACGUAUCCACAGUUUUGGGAAACAUAUCUCAGCUAGCAAGCAGAAUAGUCUGAUAAAUUACGAGUAACUAAGAUAAAAUUAAGUUCUGUGUCUCUUUUUUUACUGUCAGGGCAGCUCACUGAAGACCAUAGMUAUCAAUUCAUUGAAAAUGCGUUGGAUACUUAAGGAUGUGAUUUUGAAAUCYUUGAUCAGAUGAGUGUAUCCCAUAGAUAGUAUUCCUUCUAAAAGAAAUGCUUKCACUAUAAAACUGUAUUAUAUUUGUUUUCAUUGUGACCUGAGCAUAUUAUCAUAUAUUAAUCAAGGAGCUAUUUUUAUAUACUUUUGUACAUGUGAAAUAGAAAAUAUAUAGCACUGUUUGCUACAAUCUUGGGUUGCACUUCCAUAAAGCAACAGUCUGUACACUGUUAUGAUACACUAGGUAAUGAUACAAUUUAAAAACUGAUUUACAGCUACAAAACAGUCUCGCUAACUGUUGAAUGAAUAAAAGUAAAGCUAAAAAUCGCUAACAGUAUCACAUUCUAUGUUUCAUAGACCAGAGAGAUUGCCAUUAGAUUGGUUUACAUGGCAUUUCCCUAAAAAAUGUAAGCAAAACGUUCUUUUCUUCCUCCUCUUUUUUGACUGAAACCUUUUGCUGAAGCCUCUUUUUUCACAGAAUCAGAAAGGCUGGAAAAGACCUGCAAGAUCACCAUGUCCAGCCUUAAAACAGCACCACAUCAAYUAGACUACAGCACUAAAUGCAAUGUCCAGUUGCUUCUUGAAUCCUUACAGGGAUGGUGACUCCACCACCUCCCUGGGCAGCCAGUUCCAAUGCCUGASCAGCCCUUCUGUGGAGAAAUUCUUCCUGGUGUCCAACCUGAACCUCCCYUGGCACAGCUUGAGGCUUUUGCCUCYUGUCUGGUUGUUAUUCUGUUAACAUAUCUUCUGAAGCCUAGUGAGAAUUGUAGGUACAAGAUUAUUGCUAUUGACUUCAGAUGGGGUAGGAUUUUAUCCUAGGUAGCUUAUUUWAAUUUUAAUAUAACAUUUAAUUAACCUGUUAAAUGGACAUUAAAACUUAAGUAUGAUUUUCAUAUGGUGCUCUCUUUCCAACUUCUUUUUUACAUCUCUCCUUUUUUUCUUCCUCUCUGCAAUAUUCCUAGUUUUCUAAAGCAUUUAAAUUGUCCUGCUUACGUAAGAUUAGGAAUGUAUUCAAACAUCAGUAUCUCUAAUGUUUUCAUGUAGUCUUCAACAAAUUGUUCUUAUAAAGGUAUUUUCUUACUUGCUCUCUAUAUGCCUUCUGAGAUGAAUUCAUAUAGAGCAUGGCCUGAUGAAACUUUUUGAAUGGCAGGAAUAGGGAGAGUCCUUUAAUCAGGUGAYAUUUCCUACUAUUGGUGGAAACAGAAAGACACCAUCCUUUGUAUAAAUUCCACCUGAAAGCAGCUGGAUUUCUUGAGGUUCCCCCCAGUGCUCACACAUGGUGAAAAGCCGUUUUGGAACAGAUUGGGUUGUUUCACAGCUCAGCCCAGGAUGUUUGCAGGUCACAUCCUGGCAUCAGGGCAAGGGCAACAGAAAGAAAUACAGUGCUGAGGUACCACAUCUGGUACCUUAUCURGCAAGGGGUCACUGAGACCAUUGUGAGGAGCACUUGAUAGGYGUCAUUUCUCUCCCCACGCAGAGAUGAGAGGAAGCUCAGAGUGCCCUUGUUAYCUUCUGCCAGGGAACUCAGGGGAUCAGCUGGGAGAAUCUCUGCACUAAGGGUGUGUUACAGAGAGGGUUUUCCUGCUCUUUUAGCUCUUAGCCGAUAUGUUUUGCUGUCUGUUAGCCUGUGUGUCUUGAGAUGGUCUGCCAGGAUGCAUGCAGCACCGCUCUCAGCAGCACAAAGUUCACUGCCUUGGACAAGCAGUGCACGGUGCUGUUUCUGAUUCCCACUGAGCAGAGCAUUUAGCCAGGUCCGUGUGCAUGGAUAGAUUGCAAGGCUGGUUAACAGGGAGAUGCACGGAGACCUUUUCUGUGACCAGAUGGAUCCUGCCUUUUCCUACCCAGAUAGAAAUAUGUGCAUUUUAAAUCCAUCUAGCUACUGCUCUGGCUGUGGUACUCACRCUCUUUGCACCAGCCUAGUUCAGUAGAUAUUUGGAUAUGUAUGUGAAUAUUAAAUAAAUCAGAAUGAAACCAAAUCACAGCCAUUAUAAUAAUUUAUAAUUAUAAAUGAGUUGUUGCAUUAAAAGUUUUUGUGAAUUCAGCUCUUGUCUAAUCUGCCUUAGAAAGAAAAAAAAGAAAGGAAAAUUAAUACAAAUAAAUGUUCWGCACUAGGCAGUAGGGCUUCAUAAAUCAAAAAUUUCAGGCAGGCAAACCGGCUGCAGUUCAUUAAGGAUUGUUUAGGUGGGGUUUUUUUGAACAAAAAAGUUGAAAGCUUUUCUGAAAAUCAAAGUUUAUUUAAUAAUGUAUAUUUAAAAAUGUGCUGAGACUUACUGUAUUAUUUAUUACCAGUUUACAAUUUAAAUUCAUGCUGAACCUACAGUUUUUAGAGAUGAUUAACUGUAGCCCAUUAAAAUGUUUCAUUCUGUGUUUGUUGCAAUGGCAGUUUAAAGAGCAAACUCCCAUUUUGCUGCAGAGCUCUGUGUUCUCUUGCUCAAGUGAGUGGCAGCGUCGCUACUGCGAUUYUUUGCCAGGCUGCUCAAGGGGUGAAAUUGUGUUUGCCAAGGGCAGCUCCAUGAACUCGCUCCCAGGAGGGCACAGCUUUAUGGUGAGUGGCACUCUCCAGUCAGAGUUGGGCACCGUGUGCCRCUGGUGCCCUUCUUGGGGUCUCGAGUGCCUUCAGCAGCACUGAUGGCUUUACAGAUGUCCCCAGCUGAUUCAUCCCUGUGACUUCCCAGGCAGACAAGACCUGUCUGGUGAACUCUCAGGUCACAAAGGUAGAGCUGACAAGUGAACUGAGAGCUGUACCGAGAGAAACUGGGGAGAAUCUGAUUGCUGUGUGACUGCAGACCUCUCCUAGGAAGUGGCUGUGAGUUUCACACCUGCGGCUGGURAUGGCUGGUGAUGUACACAACUUUCUGUGUCAUGUUGUACCACCUGAAUCAUGUCUUUUUAUUCGUGCCUCUCUUGCCUCUCUGUUCGGUCUUGAAUGUACUUGAAUGUCCUUUCACUUUAUGGCUUUGUUAAAGUGUAAGUGCAGAAAAAUUUAUAUAAGUGUAUAGAAUGUAUAUGUAUAGAAGUGUAUUUAAAGUUUCUUAAUAAUGUAAAAUCCACUGCAAUUGCUUAUUAUUGUUAUUUCUUCUGAAAUGCGUUAUCAUUAGAAGUUUACACGGACAGGAAAGCAACACAGUAUACUUCUAAUAAUUUAUUUAUUUGCAAAUAUUAUAAGACUUUUCGGGAUAUAGAUUCAGAUAUUUGUUUCAGAGAUUGUUA